ACGAACUUAGGUGGAAAAUGUCAAAAUGAAAAGAUUAUCAUCCAUUUUCACAAGAAGUUUUGUUAAGUAUGUACAAGGACAGUCUCCUGGACCCAAAACAAGAGAAUACUUUUACUACAUAGACCACCAGGGACAGUUGUUCUUGGAUGACACAAAAGUAAAAAACUUUAUAACGUGCUUUAAAGACAAGAAGUUUCUUGAUUUCUUCUUCAAGAGAUUAAAAGUAAACGAGACAGGUCGCUACCAUGACGACUUCCCCUACGUCUCGCCUUGUGGACGGGAAAUGAAUUACAUUCGAUGCGACGACCUACCAAUCGUGUUUAACCAGCUAUUAAAACCAGACAGGCAAGUCAUUGAGAACAUACAAGGCCACUCCCAGUUGACCACGCCCACAGAAGAGCUACUAUCAUACGGAGGUGUGACAUCACUUGUCGUUCCUUUUCAACCUGAAAAACUUGUCAUGUUUCCAGAAAGUGGGCGUGUCUAUCACCCAGGUCCUGUAGGAGGGGCUGGACUGAUAAAGUCCAGUCUUGCUUUGGAGAUUAGUCCAUUCUUUGGGUAUAGAGAAGGAUCUUCAGAGACCGACCAACCACACUCUUUUAAAUGGAAGGGACAGAUCCAUGUACUUGACAACUCCAUCAUGAAAUAUAUCAAAGCACAUAAAGACGUAUAAUUAAUUAUUUUAUUAAUCAUAAAUCAUGUCAGUGUUGCGUAAAAAA